AGCUUCUGGGAGAUCAAGGUCGGGGGUGAUGGACCCGCUUCCAGACGUGAUUCAUCGACGGGAUGAGUCCCUACAAGGGCUUGUUCUACCGUGCAGACUGCUGGGGGAAGCUUUAGCACAAGAUGAUCAGUUUCUCAGCUUAGAGGAGACCAGCGUUGCUGGCGGCGGAAGUGCAGACUAUGACUUCAGUCUUCCGCAAUUCGCCUUGGACGCUGCAGGAACCUCGAGCUUGCCAUCGACGGGCUUCACCCAGCAGGGGCUUCUGCCAGAGAUCCAACGCCUUUGGCGCUCCUUUGACUCUAAGAUCGUGCUUUGGAAGUAUGACGACCCUGCAGUGCAGGAGGUCACGGAGUACACUGGAGUCUCUGAAGCUGUCGUUGCAGCAGCCACUGCCCGCCCGAAAGACUUUGUCCAGGGUGUUGACUAUUUUUUGGUGCUGGCGACAACGUUGGAGAUAUCUCUUCAUGCUCUCCGAUUCGCUCCAGGUAGCAACCGCUUGCUGCCUCCUGUGCGCACACAAUUCGCAGUAGCAAGCGAUGAUAUCUCAAUGAGCGCUGUGGCUUGUGAUCCAUCCAGUGGGCGAAUCUUUCUGGGUGGUCGGGAUGGGUGCAUUCAUGAGUUGCAGUAUGAUGAAGACACCCGAUGGCUGGGAAGACCCAAGAAGUGUCGCAAGAGCGCAGUAAGCUGGAACCUGCAGUCGCAGCUGCCUGCUGUUCUGCAGCGCGCCUGUGUGGCCAUCUUUGGGCCAGCCGAGGCGGUCUUGCAGCUUGUUGUGGAUGCCUCGAGGGGUUUGCUCUUUGCACUUUCAUCAUCGAACAUCACCCUCUUUCAAGUGCCACCAAGUCAGCAGGAUGCCUAUGGCCGCUUGGAGGAGAAGCCAGUGGUCCAAUUAUGUUCCAUCUCCCAAUCCUCCAUCGCCAAUGAGGUGGGGCGCAUCAAAGCUAGGCUCUUUCCUGGCUUGCUUCCAGUGGGGUCACGCGGCUUGAAUCCCUUUGGCAGUGGCUUGGUUUCUGCAGCGCCACCAAAACUGAUCAAAGUGCUCACGGUUGGAAGACCUCUUGGGGGAAGUGUCAUAGCAUGUGUUGUUGCAGAAGAUGGCACUCGUAUCUUCCUUCGAGGCAAUUCCCGUCCUGUCCCCCAGGGUGCUGACGGCAAUAAGCAAGGUCGCAGUGUACGCGCCAACAUCACCUCCAUGGCAGUGCACCAUGUGCGGUUUUUGGAUGCCAAUGCGCCAAAGGAUCUUCAUGUGAAGGAUGCUUUGUGGGAAAAUGGAGUGACACUUUUACAUUGCAGCUUUGGGACGGAGGGAUCCACUCGUGACGCAGUGGUUGCACUGAGUACAGACUUAAGAGUUGUAGCCCAGAGGCAAGGCCGCGGCCAUUCGCCAUGGGUCAAUGUGGCGGGAACGGCCGAGCAUGUGGACACCAUUAGCUUGACACAGGAGACGGAGAUUCCACAAAUCUUUGGAAUUGCUUCCCUGCCAGCUCCGAUUUCGAAGCCCAUUGAGCGGCUCUUCUCGAAUCCGAGCCAAGGCUUGAUUCUGCCAGUGGCCCAUUUGAGUGAGUUGGCCAAAGAGCAGCUGUUGGCGGCGCCACGUUUUAUGGUGAUCUCUUCCAUUGGUGCCCAUGUCCUGCGUCGGAUGCAGCCCUUGGACGCAUUGCGAGAACACCUGCUUGCUGGUCAAUUGCCUGCCUUGCAGGAGUUUGUAGGACAAUACACGGCUGAGCAGGCAUGCGCUUUGCUCUUCCAAGUGCUCACGCUUGCGGUGCCUAAGCUGAACCCUGAAGCUGUUGACAAGCAGAUGGGGCUCUCCAGGAACAAGGGAAGUAAGUUGAAGUCUCAAACUCGAAGCAACGCUGGCCUGUUAGAGCCCAGAGGGCUUGGGGCUGGCGCCUUCGCAGGCCCCGCAGGGUUGCGAGAUCCAACGGAAGAGGUCCUACUUCUACGAGCUGAACAGCUUUUACUAUCACAGCAACUUUCUUUUCAGCUGGGUUUUGCACAGGCCUUGCCAUCCAUCGAAGCUGGUGCACACCCCUUCCAAGGUUCUCCGCUGGGCUAUUCUGUGAUGUUCCAGAGUGCUGCUCGCCUCUCUGCCCGGAUGCGAGGUUUAUACCUCUAUCUCAGUCGGCUCCUGAGGCCCUUGUGGCUUUCACAGGUGAUGCUGGUGGCUUGGCCCCCAGUUUCCGAGAAGAAGCGGCGCCGGGAUGAAUGGUGGCCACCACCACCAGACCCUCCGCCCGUGGCAAAGGGAGCUCAGUGGCAAUGUGCUUUUUCCCAGUCGCAGCGCGCCUUCUUGCGCUCGCAGUUGCUGCUCCUCAAAAGCGCUCUGGAUCGAUGCUUGCCGCGCCUUUGCCGAGAGGGAUGUCUUCUCCCUGUCAACGGAGGAGGUGGAAGCGAGGAGGUGGAUGCGGCCAAUGGGGCCAUGCAGAUCUUGGUCGCUUCCAUGGAGGCCUUGGACUUUCUCGAGUUGAUGUCCAACUGUACCGCAGCCAUGGCCUCUGGCUCUUGCUCAGCUGAGACCUUGUUGCGCUUCUCGGAGCUCACCUUUCGGGACUUGGUGUGCCAGGCUGAAGCGCGGAAGGUGCUGCAGCAGCUCAUGCAAGCUGGGAUUGUGGCCUGUCGUGAUUUGUCCAACUGCCCAAGCCUUUUUCACCAAGCGGAUUUGGAGGUGCAAGAGGCCUAUGAGAUCCUCAAACUGGUGGAGUCCAGUUUGCAAGCUGCGACACAAAGCACCUUGGAGCUGGCAAGGUUGAGCCACUUGACGCAUCGAGCCUUGGAGACCUUGGAGAGGAAUGCUGCACAAGUCAACUUGAUGGAUGCCGCAGCUCGACUUCGUGCGGUGGGUGCCUGCAAGGGAUUGAUCGCACUAUGCUCCAGUGUGGCCCGAGCACGAGAUCCCAAGGAUGAGGCGUUGAGGCCUCAAGAUCCAUCGAAUCCGCGUCUUCAGCAGUUGCACUAUGCGCGCCUGGAAUGUUAUCAAGUGGUGCUGGGCCUGCUAGAGGAUGUGUGCUCCUUCGCACGACAGCGGUCUGGCUCGAUUUUGCAAAGUUUGGCGCCCACAGAGAGGAGGAUGGAGUUGCCUGAGCUACUUCCUUCCCACUUGUCGGACGCGGAUGCCAUGGCCAUUCUGGAUGGGCUGCUGAGGCAUUGCUUGGAAGGGCACCGCUACCAAGCUGAUGAGCUCUUCCAUUUCUGCGUUCUAAAGUGGAUGAUGCAGUGUGGGCUGCCUCCUUACCAGUACAAAUCACCGUAUUUGAAGAACUUCUUGUUGGUUCAUGCCAAAGAUCAUCCGGAGCUUCAUUGCAGAUAUCUCCAGCACAAUGGUCGCUGGGCAGAAGCUUGUGAUGCAUACCUCUCCUUGGCGCGGGACGCCGAACGGCAAGACGGCCACGAUGAUCGCUUGCUGAUGCUUCAAAAUGCAGCCCUUUGUGCCAGAAUGCCUCGUUCCAAUCGGAGGGUGGAGCCCAUUCUGCGCAUGAUGUCGGAGACUGCCAAGCAGAACCCGGGGCAAUGCUGGCAGGUUGGAAGCCGGUGCGGCUUCGAAGCAAUGGGAGGAGCACUGAUUCUCCGAAAUUCGGCUGUUGAGGUUCAUGUGCAUCCUUGGAGGAGGAGGAGCAUGUCUAGAUGCAUGUCUGGCAUUUCUGGGGCGCUGUAGGGCUCGCACUUGAUUCACUGACGUGUGCACCAGGUUUUUUUGUGCUCGGUCGGAACCGGAGAGUAAGAAUGCUGCCUGCAUUUGGUUUAGGUCCCUUUAUGGCACCUCAACUGAGCCAUGGGCAGCCAUGUGGUGUACAUGCUAGCAAGAAGUUUGCCUGGAUCCUCAUCCGGAGCAGCUGCAGGCUCCAACGGCUUAACAUGUGGGAUGGUGGCCUGUAGCGUGGUUUUGUAGGGUUAUAUAGUCGCUUGAUGUCGCUUGCACAGGGCAGGCGCAGUGUGAUCCCACUCUCAUGAGUUCAUGGCUCACUCACAAUCAUCUCUUUUCUUGUGUUCAAGAGAUUUCAAUUGAGCAUAUGGCAUAGAUCGUAUGAGGAUAGAUCGUAUGAGGAUACGAGCCACGACCCAGCUGGCACGAGUAAAGCUCUCAGGCCAAGUCUAAGUGUCAAGAGGCCACAAACACAUUCAGGAAGUAUGAGCAGCAUGCAACGACAACUGCUGACAUGCAAGGGAAGAUGGGAUGAGAAGCCCCGUGAGCAACCCGUUGUGUAUGGAGAAAGCUCACGCAACGAU